CUCAGGAGUCAGGACCAGCUACUUAUUCCAGACACUGACACUGACACGGACACAGUUCCAACCGUAGGAAAAACAGCUACACUCACAGAGGUGUACCAGCCCCACUGUGAUUAUGGCGGUGUAUUUCGAUCACCAUAUCGAGUCUCCUGAUUCUGCUGGGUCUCCCAGUCAGAUUACCUGGCACUCUUCCCAGCCAGUGCUGGCAGUAGCUUCUAUCAGUCCAUCCACAGGGGGCAGCAUUGAUCUCUACCUCCAGCAGGGAGAACAUGUUGGUAAUUCCCAUGUGGAGCGUCCUUUCAAGCCCACAGUGCUCCACUGGCACCCGAGCAAGCAGGUUCUGGCAGUGGGCUGGGAGACUGGUGAGGUGCUGCUGCUGAGCCAGCCUGAUGGACAGCAAACCUCCCUGCCAGCCACCCACAGUGCUGACAUCUCUCUGCUAGACUGGAGCAGCAACGGCAGUCGUCUUCUCACCGGGGACAGGUUGGGAGUCCUGGCAGUGUGGAAAGUUGAUCCUCAAGGCCAGCUGCAGGGAGCUCCACUUCUAAGACAGGAUUACAGAAAGCACUUAACUCACUGUGUGUUUAGACCUGCACCGCCUGGAGAUGACCUGGUGCAGCUGGCUCGAGCUGCGGUGAGUGGGGAUGAGAACGCUCUGGACAUGUUCAACUGGAGGAAGGCUGGGAAGGGAGGGCCGCUUAAGGUGGGACCCCAGGAGGGCAUGACCUUCUUCAUCAGCACUGCAGAUGGCAGUGUGCACUAUGUGGAUGAGAAGGGGAAGAGCUCCCAGGUGCUGCUUGCUGACAGUCCUGUUCAGAAGCUGUCGUACCUGCAGAGGCAGGAGGUGCUGGUGGUCAUCACAGAGACCCUGCUGCUGUCCCAGUACAGUGUGGGGCCAGAAGGGUCCACAAAGGAACUCAUCAAGGUGAAGCUGAGUGGGAAGAGUGGCCAGAGUGCUGACAUUGCCUGGGCAGAGAAGGGGUUGUUGAUCACUGCCACGGGGGAGAAAGUGGUCAGACUUUGGGACCUGGAGAGAGAUGAUAACUAUGUGCUGUCCCUGGAUGAACACCUGGGCUUUGAGAUGGGGGAGACUUUAAACUGCGUAUCCUACUGCACUGCUAAAGGUAUCUUAGCAGCAGGGACCAGCCAGGGGCGAAUUGCCAUGUGGCUUAAAGUGGCUUUGUCUAAUGAGAAGAUGGAAGGGAGGGGCCAGUGGAAACUGCAGACUCCUGCAGAGUUGGAAGGGAACAUCAUUCAGCUUCAGUGGGGCUCCAGUAUGAACCUGCUGGCUGUGAUCACCGUCAGCACAGUGCUGAUCCUCUGUGAACACGUCAUGUCUUCCCACUUCAGCCAACAGGUGGCAGCAGUGCAGCUCAACCCCAACCAACUGUCCCUGAGCUACUUCAGCACAGGAACUCGGCUCAGCCUGCGCACUGACAUGCACGUCAAGGGAGUCUGUGUCACCAAGGACAAAGUCACUGUGUGGAAUGGGAAGCAGGUCACUGUGUUUGAGCUGUCUGGAGCAAUACUACGCAACACAGGCUCGUUCCUCUGUGAGUCACAGGCUGUUGCUAUGCAUGAAGAGAGUAUCUACACUGUGGAGACAAACAGGGUGCAGGUCCGCACCUUGCAGGGCACAGUGAAGCAGCUGCUGGUGUUCCCAGAGAUGGAGGGCACCCCCCAGCUUCUGAGUGUCUGCAAUACCUUCCUGGUGGUUGGGACCGAUGCUGCACACAUCAAGGUGUUCGACCUCUCCCGCAGGGAAGCAAAACCCCACUGUAAUGCCAAGAGCCUGGCGGCACUCAUUCCCAACCUGGGAGCCAUCACCUCUGUGAAGAGCAAUGCCAACGGCAGCCAAGUCAGCGUGCUCGUCACACGGACUGAUGGGAGUGUUGACUCCAAGGUUUACUUCUAUGAUGUGGAGAUGGACACUCUCGACCACUUUGACUUCUUUACUGGCCAAUCCAGUGAGGGCUUCCAAGGAGAGGAGCCAGAGAGGGGGCGCUUGGAGAACAGCGAGCUGUGUGGCCGCUGCCCAGUCAGUCAGUUCUGGGAUGAGAGUGAGCCGCGGCUGUUUGUGUGUGAGACAGUGCUGACCAUACCAGCCUCACCCCACACACAUACCACUGACAGCACAGAGCAGGCAGAUGUGCUUGUAGUUUCCUUCUUCAGCACUCAGGAACACAGACUGCUUCUCCAGGAAUCGUACCCACGGCCAGCUGGCAUGCAAGCCCUGCUUGCCCUCAGCGUUCCCUACUACUAUUUCAACCGCAAGCCUGGGGAAGGGCAGGUGGAAAACAAAGGGACCCCAGGACCCUCCUUCAUCCCCCAGAUGGUGUCUCGCCAGGCACUGAGGGACUUUGUGGGGCUGGAGGACUGCGACAAGCCCACCCGCGACGCCAUGCUCAACUUCAGCUUCUACCUGACCAUCAGAGACAUGGACGAGGCCUUCAAAUCCAUCAAGCUCAUCAAGAGUGAGGCGGUGUGGGAGAACAUGGCGCGCAUGUGUGUAAAGACAAGGCGGCUGGACGUGGCGCGAGUCUGCCUGGGGAACAUGGGACAUGCACGGGGAGCCCGAGCACUGAGGGAGGCUGAGGCAGAGCCAGAACUGGAUGCCAGGGUCGCUGUCCUCGCCACGCAGCUCGAGAUGCUGGAGGAUGCAGAGCGGCUCUACAAGAGCUGCCGGCGCUAUGAUCUGCUCAACAAGUUCUAUCAGGCCUCGGGACAGUGGCAGAAAGCCGUGGAGACAGCCGACAGUCAGGACCGCAUCCAUCUGCGCACCACCUACCAUAGCUAUGCCAAGCAUCUGGAGGCCAUGGGAGACCGCAAGAUGGCACUGGUGCACUACGAGAAAUCGGACACCAACAGGUUUGAAGUUCCCAGGAUGUUACUGGAUGAUCUACAUGCUCUGGAGAUUUAUAUCAACAAGAUGAAGGACAAGAGUCUGUAUAAGUGGUGGGCUCAGUACCUGGAGAGCCAGUCUGAUAUGGAGUCAGCACUGAGGUAUUACGAGUGCGCCCAGGAUUACCUGUCUCUAGUCCGAGUUCACUGCUACCUCAACAAUAUUCAGAAGGCAGCAGAGAUUGCUAAUGAAAGUGGUAAUCGUGCGGCGUCCUAUCACCUUGCGCGGCAGUACGAGAGUCAGGACGAGAUCAAGCAGUCUGUGCACUUUUUUACACAAGCACAGGCCUACAACAACGCCAUCCGCCUGUGCAAGGAAAAUGGACUGGAUGACCAGCUGAUGAACCUGGCCCUACUCAGCAACCCAGUGGACAUGAUGGAGGCAGCCUGUAAUUACGAGGAGAAAGGAGUGCACAUGGACAGGGCUGUGAUGCUGUAUCACAAGGCUGGACAUUUAUCCAAAGCUCUGGAGCUGGCCUUCACGACACAGCAGAUUGGAGCCCUGCAGCUGAUUGCAGAGGACUUGGAUGAGAACUCAGACCCAGCACUGCUCGCCCGCUGCUCAGACUUCUUCAUCGAGCACAGCCAGUAUGAGAAGGCAGUGGAGCUCCUGGUGGCAGCCAAGAAGUACCAGGAAGCCCUGCAGCUGUGUCUGGAUCAGAGCCUGACGAUCACAGAGGAGCUGGCUGAGAGGAUGACAGUGACUCGGGGCUCGAAGGACCUGCCCGAGGAAGCACGCAGGGAGCUGCUGGAGUGCAUUGCAGACUGCUGCAUGAGGCAGGGCAACUACCACCUGGCCACCAAGAAAUACACACAGGCUGGAAACAAGCUCAAGGCAAUGCGGGCACUCCUCAAGUCAGGAAACACAGAAAAGAUUGUUUUCUUUGCCGGAGUUUCUCGGCAGAAGGAGAUUUACAUCAUGGCAGCCAAUUACCUGCAGUCUCUGGACUGGCGCAAGAACCCCGAGAUCAUGAAGAACAUCAUCAGUUUCUACACCAAGGGCCGGGCUCUCGACCUCCUAGCAGGCUUCUACAAUGCCUGUGCACAGGUGGAGAUAGACGAGUACCAGAACUAUGAGAAGGCUCUGGGGGCACUGACAGAGGCUUACAAGUGCCUGAGCAAGGCGAAGGCUCACAGCACAGAGGAGCAGGAGGGCAGGCUGGCUGAGCUGCAGCACAAACUCACCCUGGUCAAGAAAUUCGUCCAGGCACGCAGGCUGUAUGAGGAGAACCCUGACGAAGCGCUGCGGUUGUGCGAAGUUCUGCAGCAGGAACCCGACCUUGACCCUGCUGUCCGCAUUGGAGACGUAUACGGCUUCUUGGUGGAGCAUCACUGCCAGCAGGGCAGCUUCCAGGUGGCUUAUCGCACUCUGGAGGAGAUGACAAAGCAACUGCCCUCCCUCAAUGUGAACUACUACGUGAGCCAGCGCAGCCUGGAGGCCAUGCAGCUUGCUGUGGGGGUGACCCUGAUCAGAGGAGUGGGCUUGGGACGAGGGCACAGAGACAGUGAGGGGGAGGGGGAGGGGGAGGUGGAGGAAGCUGUGGAGACACACCUGGGGGAUUAAACUGUACUGGCGCCAUGUCUCAGCACCACAGACGUGUAGGGUGCACCAUACACCACAACAGCUUUAAAUACAAAGGGCUUCAGACAGUUUCUGAUUCAUUAAGUGCCUGAGUCUGUUUGUUAGAACAGAUAAACCAGUGUACAGUAGAAUUCAGUCCAAAGCAGUCAGUCUGGGUUACAUCAAGAGUUGUGAAGUACCAGGCACCGGGAAAUCACACUGAAACAAAGGUGCAGGAUAACAACUUGCAAGAACCGGGUCUCUAACCGAAACCAUUAAAUACACACCAGGGGUCCCCAAAAAAGUGAAAUGUCAAAUACGAUUUCUGUCUGGGAGAUAACCAAGUGCAUUACUUUUAGAUUUGACCAUGUCUUUUAACAAAAGCUAAACUUAACACAAAUAAACGUUUUAUUUAGUGAAGACAUCAAGAAUUAGACAAACCACAGUAGAAAGACCUAUAUCAAUGGCUGUACAUAUGUUUUCUAUUCAGGAUCAUAAGAAAAAUAAAAACUGCUCAGGUCUCAAAGCCCACCAAAAGGUCUUGCCCUGAACUUGUGUAAUUAAAAUACAAAGGAAGUCCAUGCAUGCACCUAUCAUUAGGUAGUAUGUGAAGUAUCAGAGGCUGUGUUUAGCAGAGAAGACUGGGUGCCUCUUUAUCAAGCUCACAUCAGCCACCACUGUAACAGAUCUCAGGAAAAACAGAUUCCUACCACAACUUCAGUAGCAACAGUACCAAAUCACUGGUGUAAAUAAAUUGAUUCAAAGACUUAUUUACAUCCCCUUUACAAAAUACAUUGUGUUUACUUUUUUAAAGGUUGAGAACCAUAUUUAUAAUUUAAAGAAUUCUAUGUUAUAUUUUGAUGUCUUAUUUAUUGAUGUACUUUUUAUAUGUUCCCUAAUUUUGUUUAUUCAA